GCAGGAGGAGGAGGGUGUUCCUCCUCCUCCUCCUCCUCCUCCUCCUCCGCCUCCUGCCUCUCUGCCCUGCCUGAAAGGAAACCUCAGCUCAGUUUGAUCUGAGAGGCUGCGCAGCUCCUCGCGUUUAUCCAGCUCAGGUGUUCACUCAUGGCGGCCGCCUCCAAGAGCUCCCAAAGGGCAAAGAACGUGGUCAUCGGGGUGUUGGCGCUCUGGUCCAUCGUCGCUCUCGUCACCAUCGUGGUGUGGGCCACGUCUCCGGACCUGAAGGGCUCGGCCCAGUGCCGGGCCGAGCUGCGGGACCUGACGGAGAAGCUGGAGGGGGCCAAGGUGGUGUUCCAAAAGGACAAGGAGGCCCUGGAGCGGCAUGUGGAGGAGGCAAGGGAGGAGCAGGACAACCUGAGAGGAGAGAUCAAGGUGCUGCUGGGGCGCAUCAACCAAACCAACGCCACUCUGGAGGAGUGCCGGCAGGAGAGCGUCGUCCUGCGUGGGAACAUCAGCGCUCUGCAGCUGGACGUGGAGCAGCUGAGGCAGACGGAGGCCAACCUCACGGCUCAGCUGGGCCUGCAGGAAGAGCAAAUCGACGGCCUGCAGCACAACCUGACCCUGGCCGUCCACCAGGUGGACUCCUCGUCCAGUCUGCGGGCGGCGGCCCACAGCCAGAUGCUGGCGGCUCAGACCGAGACCAAGGCGUGCCAGUCCACCCAGCAGUACCUGGAGAAGCAGCUGCAGAAGUGUAAAGUGGUGGAAUCGAAGGCCCCGGAGCAGACGCAGCAGGCCGGCUCCUCCCCGGCCCCCUCCACCGACGCCGCCCCCCGCCUGGCUGUUGACCCCCUGCUCAAUCUGCUGACUCUGCUGGUCUGCGGCAGCCUGCGUCUCAUAACCUCAGUUCAUUCUACCACCCGUUACUCAUUCCUAGACACAGGGAGCUGGGGGCGGUGGGACGUGGCGCUGACAGCGAACAUGGCGCUCCGGGACCCUGGCCGGACACAGACUGCUGUACAAACCCUCCACCAGCCCGCCGAGAGGCCCCGACCGAGCCGCCGAUGGACGCUUGGACACAGACUUUGCUUUCGACCGCCCAGCUGAGACGUUUACUGACCGUUGGACUGUCUGGUUUCGCAGCGUGUGAACCCACUUUUUCUGCUGAUUGCGCUGCUUUUUUGGGGGGGGGGGCUUUUUCUCUUCACAGCUUGGGGCUUUCGGCACCGCAGCGGAGCGACCACUCGACUUUUAGAGGCUUUUAUCAGAUGCUGGGCUAAAAGGGGGAAAAGGGGGCUCAGGGUGGAUGUAUUCAUUUGAAUAAUAAACCUGAGAAGUUUCUA